GCACGAGCGCAUUUCCCCCCCAUAUGUGGUCAGCUGGUCGAUGGUACUGGUGUAGCAAGUUCCAGUAAAUGGGACCAGAAUAAUGGUACUGUGCUUUUAAGUGAAGAGUGCGAGUGCAAGUUUUGUUAGUACCUACUGGACUUUUACUUUACAUGCAGGUGGUUUCACUUUAGAAUACUUGUUACUCUACGGAAAUUUAAAAUUCCAUCGAAAUGGGUUCCGAAUCAGAUAUUCCGAGCUGGUAUGCCGGCCAAAGUAUAUUCGUGACAGGCGCCACGGGUUUCAUGGGCAAAGUUCUUGUGGAAAAGUUGCUCCGCUGCUGCCCCGACGUUUCCACCAUCUACAUCGUCAUCAGGCACAAGAAAGGCAGAAACUCGUCCCAGAGAUUGGAGGACUUCUGGAAUUCACCCGUUUUUGACAAAUUGCGGGACAGUCAGAACAGCGAAACGAUUCUGAACAAGCUAAAGUGCCUAAGUGGCGACGUGGUCCAUCCAAACUUGAGUCUGGAUGAGGACGUUAUUCAAGAACUGGAACAUAACGUCACCGUUGUGUUUCACAUGGCUGCUAACGUGCGGUUCGACCAGCCCUUGAAGAGUGCCGUCCUGCUCAACACUGGUGGUACUUUGAACGUGCUGGACUUGGCUUGCAGGUUCAAGAAACUGAAGGUGUUUGUGCACACGUCCACAUCCUACUGCCAUUGCGACGAGACUAGACUGGAAGAGAAACUCUACCCAGCACCCCACAAUCCCAGACACAUUCUCGAUCUGGCCAAGUGGAUGGACGGAGAUUUGCUGAAGUUGCUCACUCCAAAGCUGCUGGGAAACUCGCCCAACACAUACGCAUACACCAAGUGUCUGACUGAACAAUUGGUGUCCGAGUACCAAAGCAAACUGCCAAUUGCGAUAUGCCGGCCUUCCAUAG